AUGUUCUCGUCGAAUGAUCCGUUUCUUAUUCUAUUUUUAUUAAAUGGUAUUGCUGUUGGUUUAAACAAAGGCCACAAGGUCAAUUCAAAACAAGUAGCUCCAAAGAUUUCUUACAGAAAGGGUGCUUUGUCAAAGAGAACUGAGUUCGUCAGAAACAUUGUCAAAGAAGUCUCUGGUUUGGCUCCAUACGAAAGAAGAUUGAUCGAAUUGAUUAGAAACUCUGGUGAAAAGAGAGCUAAGAAGUUGGCUAAGAAGAGAUUGGGUACUCACAAGAGAGCUUUGAGAAAAGUUGAAGAAAUGAACCAAGUCAUUGCUCAAUCUAGAAGACACUAA